CUUCUCGAAUUUCAAAAACCAGGUAGCAAAAUGAUGGAGGACGGUGCUGAAGGUGAAAUUGGGGACAUGCUUUCGAUGUGUAACAAACAUCCGUUUUUUGAUGACGAUGACAGCGAAAGAUUUGUGAUUCUCUACAAAAUUUGUACUGUUUUUGAUGAACCAGUUGAAGGGAAACAACCAAGUUCAGCGGUUAUUGUCUACGAGGAAUUGGCGAAGUCAGGAGGUUAUUGCUGCAGGCCGUCUAAAAUGGAAGAGUCUUAUGUAAAAGUUGACCAAGUAGUUCAAGAGAUGGCGAAAAUAACAUCAAAAUGUGCUAUUCACCUAAGCUCUCACGCACUCAAAAACACAAUCCAGAUCGUCAGAACUGCCUUUUCUGGUGAGUAUACUCAAAACGAUAAGGAUGGAAAUGUUCCAGAAGGGAAUGAGGUCAAGUUCGAUGGAGAUGAAACUGUUAUGAAGACCACUGUCAACUGUGAGAAGCUUGUCGAGGAUAUCAACGAGUUCAUGGAGGAGGAUAGACAGAUGUAUGGGGCAUUGGAAAUCCAAAUCAUGGAAGAGUCAGAGAGAAACAUAGACGGUUAUGCCUACUUCAGUUUUCUAAAAUUUGUUCCAUGCGGAAACAUACACCUUCGAAUCCCUCCAUUAGAAGGAAGUUGCACCAAAGAAGUCAUCAACGAAGUCAUUGAAACAAUUAUGCGCAAUUUUUGGAACUAUUGUGGAGACUCUUGACUUUGACGAGAAGUACGGCCUGUGCGGACAUUAUUGAAACAAUAAUAUUGUGCUAGAAUGUUGUAAUAUCAAAAUAAAAUUAUUCAAGAAAA